AUGGAAAAGUUUGGCUUUGGCCGGAAAUGGAUAUCAUGGAUUAUGGAAUGUGUUUCUUCUGCAUCAAUGUCUAUUCUUCUAAAGGGCUCCCCCCUACGCCCGUUCAAUAUGGAAAAAGGCCUCAGACAAGAUGUUCGCAUUGGGAAGGCAAAGGUUAGUCUAAAACAUGUUCAAUUUGCUGAUGAUAUUCUUUUGUUUGCUCCAAAAAAUACAUUAUGCAUCAUAAACUAUUUUAGAAUCUUGGAUAUCUUUGCUUUGAUGUCGGGCCUAGCUAUUAAUUAUAACAAGUCGGCUAUUAUCUCCUGGAAAUUGGAAGAUUAUUCUUGGGUGAAUGAAAUUGCAAAUGGUGUUGGUUGUAUACAUGCACGCCCCCCUUUUACCUACCUUGGUUUCCCCCUUAGUUCAAACUUCAAUAAAUUUGAUGCAUGGAAACCGGUUAUUUCCAAAAUCGAAAACAGAUAA